AUGGACGGAGCAAAAGAGGCGGUGAGCUACAUUCGAGAGGCCAUGGGACCAAGUCUCCAGGUCCUCACCACCCGAGGGAGUCUGCUCCAGUCCCUAUCCUUCACUGCUGAACUCACCAACAAGGCCUCAAAUGAUGACCUCAUUCUUGAGUCGACUCUUAGCCUCCAUCAUCGCAAGCUCUCUCCCUCCUCCUCUGCCCCCCACAUAGUCGUCCUUCUCACCGACGACAGGAACUUGAGGGUCAAAGCGCACGCUGCUCGACUGCCCGUUAAGGACAUUCCUCAGUUUAUGAACAUCUGUAGACUUGCCUAAAUUUUUUGUUUCUCAAUUUUUAUACCUUUAUUUUUGUAGAACAUGCGACUGAAGUUGAACAAAACUAUGUUUCGGAGAAUAAAACGAUGAGAGAGUAAAGGCAAUAAGUGACGUUGAAGGCAGGGGUAAAGGGUCACUCGUCCAGGUCAGGUGGAAUGUACCCGGGAAUUGGGGGCGUGGUCGUGGGUCCGGAAUGGGAGAAUGGGAACAGGUCUUGGGACAGUUCCAGGGCCUGGCCGUACAGCGGGAGAGAGAUCUUCCGCAGCUCGAGCAGUGCGCGUCGCCUGGCGGCCAUCACCCCCUGCAGAAGACCUAGCUCUCUCUUGUGGCGCUCCAUGUGGUAGCGAGAGUAUUCCUUCACCAGCAGGUAGCGGCGCUCCUGCUCCUCGGGAGAGACCUCCACGGGAGCCCUCUUCCUGGCCGGGUUCAACAUCUCGGGGUCCAUCGGUUCCCCGUGUCGUGCCGCACGCAUGGCAGCUUCUUCCGUGACCUGCUUCAGUUCCAUCUGUCGCACGUACUCUUUCAUCACCUCUCGCUUGGCGGUCUUGGCCUUUGCCGCCUGCUGCUUCUUCCCUCUAGCCAGUACCGAGGGACUCCCCAGCACCUGGCCGGGAAUGGAGCGCCGUAGAAGGCCGCCCGUCUUCAGGACAACACCCGUCGACAUCUAAUUAGAGCGCACUGUGGGAGCCCACGUGUCGAAGUUCAAAGGUCAGCAAUGGCGAGUGGAGGUCGUUCGGCGGAGGAUGAGGGUUUGUUCUGUGAGGACUGGACGGGGAGGGAAGAGCUGCAGCUGCUGGAUACGGUGGACGAGUUCGGCUACGGGAACUGGUCCUCGGUGUCAGAAAAGAUGGGUAGACCAGCUGAAGAGUGCAGAGGUCACUACAACCGGGUCUAUCUGGACCAGCCCCAUCCCCAGCUCCCAGUCCUCCAUCCACUGGCCACACCACAGCCGUCGCAAUCCGAACUAAUCAGCAGUGUUAAUAACAGGGGCGAAGACCCAGUCCCCCCUUACUACUGGGGUGUAGAGAUUGGCUGCUAUAUGCCGCACAGAGGAGACUUUGCAGUGGAGCCUCUGAACAGUGCCGAGUGGUUGAUAUCAGAUCUAGAGUGUGAUGCAGACAACGAGGAUGGAGAUGAUCUCAUGACAGCUCUGAAGUUGGCAGCUGUGCGAAUAUACUGGGCCAAAGUGAAGGAGAGAGCGUUCAGAAAAUGGGUGGUGAGGGAGUACGGUCUUAUUGACCUCCGCAAGCAGAUGGCGACAGACAAGAUCAGACUCACCAGAAACCAACUGGCAAUAAAGAGACUGCUGCGUCCCUUCAUGAGGUUUAUGCCUCCUCAGACUGCCUUCACCCUUCUUCAGAGUCUUUACUUGGAAGAAGAAUUAAAGGAAGACAUGAGACAGCUGAAGACUUACCGUGAGAACGGAAUAACCACCAGACAAGGAGCGGAGCUGUGUGAGGAGCUGAGGAGGAGGAGGAGGCACCAGAGACAGCAACAUGGAGAUGCCCUCAAGAAUGCCUGCACACCUGAGGAGUCCUUGUUCUCACAACUGGUGCUCCGCAAGCCAGAGGAGAAGGCUACAGUGAGGGAGAAGGCAGUGGGAAGUCAGGACAUAUCACGGCUCUCCGGAGUGGAGCGACUCUCGGCCGAGGAGAGAGAGCUGUGCCAGACAUGUCGGCUCCACCCAGAGGCUCUCCUCGGCUACAUGGCCCAACUGGAGGGCGAGGGGCAGAGGUACGGACAGCUCCGCCUUGCCGAUGCCCGGCGACUGCUCAAAAUCGA